GUCUCCGUCGUAGAGGGAAUGAACUGGGAAGCGAAAAUUAGAAGAAGAAAAAACUAAAAAGGCGAAGAGAGAGAGAGAGAAGAGAGGAAUGGCGCCAGUUCUUCAGAGCUCACAGCCAUGGGUUGAGAAAUACCGGCCGAAGCAGGUUAAGGACGUGGCUCACCAGGAAGAGGUGGUUCGGGUCCUCACCAACACUCUCGAGACUGCUGAUUGCCCGCACAUGCUCUUUUACGGACCGCCAGGGACAGGAAAAACCACUACUGCACUUGCCAUCGCCCACCAGCUAUUUGGACCUGAGCUAUACAAGUCUAGGGUGUUGGAGCUUAAUGCGAGUGAUGACAGAGGCAUUAAUGUUGUUCGGACAAAGAUCAAGGAUUUUGCUGCUGUUGCUGUUGGGUCUAAUCAUCGUCAAGGCGGUUAUCCAUGCCCAGCAUUUAAGAUCAUCAUCCUAGAUGAGGCUGAUUCAAUGACAGAAGAUGCUCAGAACGCCUUGAGGCGCACUAUGGAAACUUACUCCAAAGUCACCAGAUUCUUUUUCAUAUGUAAUUACAUUAGCAGGAUCAUAGAGCCCCUUGCUUCCAGGUGUGCAAAGUUCAGAUUUAAACCACUUUCUGAAGAAGUCAUGACUCACCGUAUAAUGCAUAUUUGUAAUGAAGAAGGUCUCAACCUUGAUGAAGAGGCUCUUUCAACUUUGAGCUCCAUAUCACAAGGGGAUCUCCGUAGGGCCAUCACAUAUCUGCAGAGUGGGGCUCGGUUGUUUGGAUCAACGAUAACUUCUACAGAUUUACUCGAUGUGUCUGGGGUAGUUCCCCUGGAGGUAGUCACUAAACUUUUUACUGCAUGCAAAAGUGGGGAUUUCGAUAUUGCAAACAAGGAAGUGGAUAACAUAGUUGCAGAAGGAUAUCCUGCAUCUCAAAUCAUCAAUCAGCUAUUCGAUAUCAUUGUGGAGGCUGACAAUGACAUAACAGACAUCCAAAAGGCUAAGAUCUGCAAAUGUUUAGCUGAAACUGAUAAGCGACUUGUAGAUGGGGCAGAUGAGUACUUGCAGCUUCUAGAUGUGGCAAGCAAUACAAUUCGUGCCCUCUCAGAAAUGGCUCAAGACUUCUAAAGCAAAGACCAUGUAACGUAUAAAGCUCUGCAUUUGGAUUCUGCUUGAAUUGGACCUUUUCCUUAUGACUUCUGAGUUAUCAUAAUGUCACUUUUUCAUAGCUUAGGUUUUGAUAAAAAAAAAGUUGGAGCGUUAUGACGUUUUUCUGGUUGUUACUCUUAUGGUUUGUUGCAGAGUUAUUUUAUUGCAUCAAUUGACAAAAUCUGUUGACUAUUGUUAUUGGGUAAAAUCGUUAAACAUAAGCAUAACAA